AUGGCUGAAAUUGAUGUGAUGUCUCGUCUAGAUCUUGUUAUAUUUGGAGCCACUGGUUUCACGGGCAUGAAGGUUGUUGAACAGCUCGCUACGGUGGCCAAGAAAUAUCCAGCCAUGACAUGGGGGGUGGCAGGCCGAUCAGAGGCCAAACUUAAAGCACUGAUGGCCGAUAUCGGGAAAAAAAUCGGGGAGGAUCUGACUGGCAUCAGAAUAAUAUUAGCAGAGGUGACCAACGAAAGGUCACUGCGAGACAUGUGCGAGCAAGCAAAAGUGCUGAUCAACUGCUGUGGGCCUUACUUAAUGUACGGUGAGCCAGUGGUAAAAGCGGCGGUGGAGGCGAAGACACAUUGCGUGGAUGUCAGCGGGGAACCUCAGGCCGGCAGCGCCGGCCGCUCACCCCUUAGUAAAAAACAUCCAAAAGAUUUACCGGUUUUCGAGCCAAAACUGCGGACAAGGUCAACAAUCCAUAAGCUAGAGGACCAAUGGUGCGUUCCAUUUCCUGGCGUUGACGAAUCCGUAGUAUACCGCACACAGCGGUUCUUCCACGACCAUGAAAACCAACGAGUCAUUCAGUUUAAAACUUACGUCAAGCUAGGGUCGUUAUGCACUGUCAUGCGGACAGGCUUCGCGGGAGUCCUCAUAGCCCUCUUAUCUAAAACGGCUCCUACUAUGAAGCUACUGCUGAAAUAUCCUAAGCUGUUCUCCGGCGGCAUGGUAACCCUCAAGGGCCCGACGGAAAACGUCAUGAACAACACAAAGUUCACUUUCGAGUUGUAUGGCGUGGGGUGGGAUAAGAAUACUGAUGUUUCGGGAAAGCCAAACAAGAAAGCAGUCGUUAAGCGGUGGCGUUCUGACAACUGGAGCAGCAUUUCAUAA